CUGAAUUCAGUUUGUGCUCAACGCUCAUCACUUGAUCACAACUAAACUAAAUUAACAAUGCGUCUAUUACUACUCAUCGCUUUGGGUCUCGUGGCUGUUCAAGGCCAGGAUGACCAAUGGUGGCAAACUGCUGUUUUCUACCAGAUCUAUCCACGUUCAUUCAUGGAUUCGAAUGGUGAUGGUAUUGGUGACCUUCAAGGUAUCAUCAGUCGAUUGGAUCAUCUAAAAGACGCUGGUGUGACUGCUGCUUGGUUGUCUCCCAUCUACAAAUCACCACAGGUUGAUUCUGGUUAUGAUAUUUCCGACUACAGAGCUAUCCAAGAUGAAUAUGGAACCAUGGAAGACUUUGAUGCUUUGAUUGCCAAAGCUAAUGAGUUGGGGAUUAAAAUUAUCAUGGAUAUGGUACCUAAUCACUCUAGUGACCAGCAUGAGUGGUUCUAUCUGUCGGAAAACCGCACUGAAGGUUAUGAAGAUUACUAUGUGUGGAAGGAUGGACCUGAGGGUAGUAUUCAAGAACCUCCCAAUAACUGGUUGAGUGUUUUCAAGUACUCUGCGUGGAAAUACAGCUCUAUUAGGGAACAAUGGUAUUUGCAUCAGUUUGCUGUGGAGCAACCUGACUUGAACUUUGAGAACCCCAAAGUUGUUCAAGAAAUUUUGGAUGUGUUAAAAUUCUGGUUGGACAAAGGUGUUUAUGGUUUCCGUGUAGAUGCUGUGCCCCAUAUUGGUGAAUCCCAAGGUUUUGAAGAUGAACCCAAAUCAGGUUACCCAGGAGUUGCUGAAUAUGAACAUGACUAUCUGCUGCAUUGGUACACACACAGCAUGCCUAAAUCCUAUGAUGUUAUCUAUCAGAUGAGAGCUUUCCUUGAUGAAUACAACAGUGUCAGGCCAGGACAAGAUGAAAGAAUCAUGAUGACGGAAGCCUAUGCUAAUAUUACAGCUACUAUGUGGUGGUAUGGUGAUGAAGAACGUGAUGGCGCUCACUUUACCUUCAACUUCCAAUUUAUCCCGCUUAAUCAAGACUCAACUGCCGGGGAUAUCGUCGAUAAAGUUAAUGAAUGGUUAGAUAAUAUGCCUGAUGGUAAAACCGCCAACUGGGUGGUUGGUAAUCAUGAUAAUCAUCGUUUGGCUUCCCGUGUGCAUCCCCUAAACGUAGAUGGUUAUAACAUGCUUGUCCACAUGCUCCCAGGAGUAGCAGUUACCUUCCAAGGUGAAGAAAUAGCCAUGCCUAAUGGUAAAGUCACCUGGGAACAAGGACACGAUCCUAGCGCAUGCAAUGGCCGCCCAGAAGACUUUGACCGUGUGUCUCGUGACUUUGAACGUACACCAUUCCAUUGGGAUGAUACUAAGAAUGCUGGAUUUUCAACUGCUGAUGAAACAUGGUUGCCUGUCAGUGAGAAGUACCACGAGAACAACUUGGCUAAACAGAAAACUGAGGAAAACUCACAUUUCAAAAUUUAUCAGAGUUUGACCGCUUUUAGGAAGGAAUCUACUACUUUGAGACAAGGUAAUCUCAAAUUGACCAACCAGCAUAAUGUUCUACUGCUUACCAGGAACCUAAACAAAGAUCAUGUUGUAUUCCUAUUCAAUCUUGGUGAUGAUUCUGUAACCGUUGAUUUGAACGACCACUUUGAUGAUAUUGAAAAUUUGAACGUCAUUAUCUCUUCUAAUUAUGAAAAUGACAGGAAACUGGCGUCGGUUAACAAUAUCCAAUUGCCAGGACACGCUGCACUGAUUGGUACGAGUACAAGCCAGUAAACAAAGUUAUUAAUGUUAACAAAUUGUGUGCAUUAUUAUUAUCAAUAAAUAAACAUAAUUAACUAAACUAA